GUGUUGCAUCUGUCUGCCUCUCUGCUUGUGUGUCUCAGUGCGUGUGUGUGUGUGUAUGAGAGUGCGCUAAAAAACCCAGGCAGCCAGUGGGAGAGCUAGAGAGUCGGGGAGAGAGACACGGGGAAAAAGCAAAAAGCAUCAGAGAAGGGAGAAGGAACGGGAGUGUGAGACAGCUAUGAAAUUCAUCCAAGCUAUUUGCUUACUGCUUCUCUGUCCAGCUUUGAGCUUCAACACCAGACAAAGCUACGAUGGGCUGGAAAAGAAGCUAAAGGAAGUCUUCAGUGAACGGAGCAACAUCCUGCAUCAGCUCUCCAAGACAUCAAAGGAGUUGGACAGCAUAAAAGGCAACCUACAGUCGCUGAAGAAUGAUGACUCAGUGGCCAAAAAGGACGUGCAGAGGAUUCUGGAGCUCAGCCACAAACAGAGAGAGGAGAUGAAGUCCCUCCAGACAGCCUUGCAGAAGCAGCUGGAUGAGGCCAAUGAGAGAGCGGAGAAGCAGCAGGCCACGAUCAAAUUUCUUAAAGUGGAGAUGGAGAAAAAAACCAAAAUCAUCAAGGACUUACAGCAAGAGAACAAGAGCUUGAAAACGAAACUACUAUCGGGACACAAACUUUGUGAUGCCUACGCCGAAGAGUCAAAAAAAAUCCAGGCUCAACUGAAAGAACUUCGGUACGGGAAAAAGGAUUUAAUUUUUAAGGGGCAGCAGCUAAUGGACUUGGAGCAUAAGUUAACCAUUGCCAAGGAAGAACUGGAGAAGACGGCCCUGGAUAAGGAGUCUCAGCUGAAGGCGCUGAAGGACACAGUUCACAUCUGCUUCUCAGCUGUCCUGCACAACCAGCCCAGCAGCAGCCACAGAUUCCCCACCUCCCACCUGUUCAGAUACUCAUCGCUCAUCAACAGCUCCAGAAUCACCUUUCAGCAGCCACAUGCCAAGGACAUCUCCAAAGUUCGGAGAAUUGUCACAGCCAGUAAAUCACCCUUGAACAUGGAAGUAAUGAGGAGAGAGAGUGGCGGGGUUAAAGACUGCCAGAUGGAAAAGACCGGGGGCAACUGCCUUCAAAAUCAGACGAAGGAAUCAGCUCCAGAUAGUAAAAAGCUACCAGAGCCACAGCAGCAGAGGAGCCAAGCGCAGACUGUAAAAUCCACCACAAAGCCCUCAGACGCCAGCGACGAUGCAGAUGGAGGCAGCAGCAUAAAGACAAAGCCACAUGAAUACGACUGAGCGGACGGCAUAUCAUCCAAAAUGCAGAGCUCCUGCAUUGCCUGAAGGAUCUUUCUAAGAGCACACACUUGCGCACUCACACAAAACAUGUGUGCGCCCACACGCACACACACACACACACACACACACACACACACACACACACACACACACACACACACACACACACACACACACACACACACACACACACACACACAGCAUUGUUUGCAAUGGCUAAGACACUGGAUUUCAAACUGUCAUCUGCAAACCUCCAUAGUAAAAUGGCAUGCAUUCUAGAAAUUCUUUUUUUAAAAGGUAGCAAUGGCACUGGUAACUUGUUUCAUGAUUGUUUAUUUGUUGUUUCCUUUUCUGAGUUUUAUUCUGAGUGAGGACACUGCUUUCUAAAUGUGUGAUCUUUAUAGAAAAAUCCCUUUGCACUGGUGAGGUCUGACACUGUAUCCUGUGAUAAGUAUAUCAAUUGACAAUUAAAAAAUACUUCUACUACUACUAUUACUAUUAUUACUACUACUACUACCCAACUUAGACUAUUGUUUGUCACUCAUUGUAGCAAAGUUAAUUUACUCCUCCACAUUUUGAAAUAUAGAGGCUCCAGUUGGCUGGCCAACUGUUCAACGUUUAAUAUUUCAGCGCUCUUUCUGCCUUUAACACUCCAGAGGCUAAGAGCCAAAGACUCACAAUGGGUCGUCUCCCUGAGAAUGUGCCAUGCACUGAGUAGUAACUCCUAGCUACAUGUAUCUGUGUUAUCUGACCUUUCUGUGUCCUUUCAAUAAACUGUAAUUUUCAGUAAAUGUGUGAAGAAUAAAUGGUUAUU